AUCCAUGUUUUUUUCCCCCCUAACAGAUAUUCCUUAAAAUGGUUGCACUCACACAUAAAUGUGAUAGUAGCGGCUGCGUAUUUGUCCUAUUCUGCUUUUUCCAUGUGUCGCUGAGUGUGGAAUUGACAGGCUUAUACGGCAACUUUACCACCCCAAACUUCCCCCAGCCAUACCCUGACAACACAUACAUGGAGUGGAACAUCACUCUCCCACAGGGCCACAGGGUCAAACUCUAUUUCACCCACUUCAGCAUUGAACCCUCAAAUCUGUGCGAAUACGACUACACCCAGGUUUUGGCAGAGGGCAAUGAUACCGUGAGGUUUUGUGGAGAAGAAGAGAAGAACGAUGAAAGUUCCCCGAGGAACACCGUCAUCCUGUCAGCCGGCAACCGCAUGUCAGUGGUCUUUAGGAGUGACUACUCUAACGAGGAGCGAUUCACUGGCUUCCAAGCAUUUUACACCUCUGAAGAUAUCAAUGAGUGUCAGUCCAGUAUGCAUGAGGGGAGAACUUGUGACCAUUUCUGCCACAAUUAUAUUGGUGGCUAUUACUGCACAUGCAAGCCAGGAUAUCUUCUUCAUCUCAAUAAAAGAUCUUGUACAGUGCCAUGCCUCAGCCAAAUGUUGACCAACCUGUCAGGACAUCUGACAAGUCCAGGCUACCCAAACCCAUAUCCGCCCAUGAGUCACUGCAACCAUACCAUCCGUCUUUCGGUGGGCUACAAAAUAAUCCUGGACUUUAUGGAGCCUUUUGACAUAGAGGGGCACCCAGACGUCCCCUGUCCAUACGAUAUGUUGAAGGUUUCGACAGCGGUACGAGAAUACGGACCGUACUGCGGAGCGACAAAACCAGACAGCAUCCAAGACGGAAGUCAUCAAGUAAAUGUUGCAUUCAGGUCUGAUUCAAGUGGGAAAAACACAGGAUGGAUGAUCAAGUACACGAGUAUGAAGUCCAACUGAAACUUGAAUCUGUAGAGCACGGGUGACAAACCUAAGGCAGAGGCGCCAAAUCUGGCCCGCCACAUCAUGUCAUAUGGCCCACGAGAGCAAAUUAUCUGCAUCGAUUUGACUUUUCUUGCUAAAAUAUCCAAGUUACCCAAAUUGUCUUCUCUUUUUAAAACCUUAAGGUAUUUAGUCAUGAUGUAGCCAGUAACAAAAAUGUGUUUGACACCCAUGGUUAUGUAUUGUAGACAAAACAAUAUUUGGUGUCGAGGUAUUUUUGUUGAAUUGUAUAUUUUAUGGGAAUGAAGAAUGCCCUUGGUUUCACAAUUGAGACCAUAUUUAAAAUAAAAUGUUUUAUGAUGA